CCCCGGCGGAGAAUGAACCGGAGGCAGUGGUGGGCUCCCGGCGGAGCGGCCGGGCAGGCAGUAUGCUGCGCUGGUUCAUCACCGUCCUCCUGUGUGCCGCCUUCCUGGGGCUGGGAAUGAGUGUUGCUAUACUGGGACCCACGUUUCAAGACUUGGCAACGAAUGUGAACCGCAACAUCAGCAGUCUUUCUCUGAUUUUUGUGGGCCGUGCCUUUGGAUACCUGGGUGGCUCUGUGAUUGGUGGAGUUCUUUUCGACAGCAUGAAUCAUUUUCUCCUUUUGGGGGUGUCAAUGUUCGCUACCACAGUUGGUCUUUAUCUUGUUCCAUUUUGUAAGACCGCAGUGUUACUUAUCGUCAUGAUGUCCACCUUUGGUGUUUCCAUUGGCAUUCUGGAUACAGGUGGUAACGUCCUAAUCUUGGCUCUUUGGGGGGACAGAGGAGCCCCACACAUGCAGGCCUUACACUUCAGUUUUGCCCUCGGUGCCUUUUUGGCUCCAUUGCUGGCUAAAUUGGCAUUGGGCACGACGGUGUCUGCUGAAAACCACACAGAGGCUGACUUUAACCAAUCUGCCUUCAACCAGUCAUAUGAAGCUGACUCAGAAUCUCUAUUUGGAAUACCUGACGAUAUGAAUUUACUGUGGGCUUACGCUGUCAUCGGUGCUUAUAUUUUCGUAGUUGCUGUCUUUUUCUUUGCUCUGUUUUUAAAGAAAAGCUCAAAGCAGGAAAAAGCAAGAGCAUCUGCUCAGAGGUUUCGAAGAGCCGAAUAUCACAACGCCCUUCUCUGCCUCCUUUUCCUGUUCUUCUUCUUUUAUGUGGGAGCUGAGGUAACAUACGGCUCUUACGUUUUCUCAUUCGCAACCACCCAUGCCGGCAUGAAGGAAAGCGAAGCGGCCGGGUUGAACUCCAUCUUCUGGGGGACCUUUGCAGCCUGCAGGGGCAUGGCGAUCUUUUUUGCUACAUGUUUACAACCUGGAACCAUGAUUGUGUUGAGCAACAUUGGCAGCCUGACUUCAUCUUUAUUUCUGGUGCUUUUCAACAAGAGCCCAGUUUGUCUGUGGAUAGCAACUUCAGUGUAUGGGGCCUCAAUGGCGACCACAUUCCCCAGUGGAGUGUCUUGGAUUGAGCAGUACACGACCAUCCAUGGGAAAGCUGCAGCAUUUUUUGUAGUCGGUGCCGCCCUGGGAGAAAUGGCUAUUCCUGCAGUAAUUGGAAUUAUUCAAGGCAAAUACCCUGAUUUGCCUGUAGUUUUGUACACCUCUUUGGGGUCAUCAAUAGCCACUGCUAUUUUAUUUCCUGUGCUGUACAAAUUAGCCACCUUGCCGCUUGAUCGUCAGCGAAGAGAACACAGGAAAAGUGAGGACCAGAAAGCUCUGCUUUCUAGCUCUGGGCUCAAUGACUAUGAGGAAGAGAAUGAAGAAGAUGAUGCAGAAAAAUGGAAUGAAAUGGACUUUGAAGUGAUUGAAAUGAAUGAUACAAUGAGGAAUUCUGUAAUAGAGACAUCUAGAGAUAUUUUGAUGGAGCCUACAGCUGAAGUCCCCAACCAUUCCUACUCAAAUGUGUUAAUGUUUGAAUCCUCUCCAGUUAAUACUGGCAACUCCUCUGUGAAUUACUUGCAAGAAACCAGGACAAAAGGGACUAAUGCUUUGAGAGGAUGGAUUAUUUACUGACUCCUCAAAUAAUCACCAGUUCUAAAGAGGCCAGUCAGAGCAAAGCAUAACAUAUUUGCAACAAGCUUUGAGGAUCAAAAUUUCUAGGUCCGAGUAUAGCAAAUGCUAAAAAGUUUUGAGAUGUUCUAUAAUCCCCAGAGCCUUCCAUAGAGAACCAGUGAUCUCAUACAGCAGGAUCCUGUUGUGAGGCUAGUGUUUGGUGGCAUGUGGCUGAUUAGGUAAUAUUUUAUGGCCUUCACCCCUCCUCAGAGCAUGCAGAGAGGGCAUUUGUUUUUGAGAAGUUGGGUGUGCCAUUCGGAUAAAGCAAAACUGUUUAGUAACGUGAAUCGGUUAGCCAAACAAAUUAUCCAUCAUCAGUAUUCUGCCAGGGAAGUUGAGAAUCGUUUCAUAAAAAGACAUCUUUGAAAAUGGACAGAGUUUUCUAUUAAUUGUUUUACUCUGUAGUGUUGGAUCAAAAAAUGGUAAUUACUGAUGUUUUCAGAUUUUUAUGAAGAGAGCACAGAACAGGUCCUAGAGACCUGGCUUCAAACCUCCACUCUGCUUCCUUGUCUGGCCCUGCACUCAGUCAUCUGACUUAGGUAGGCCUUGUUUAUCUCAUCUCCUGGUCUGGGUCUCUAAUGAAAGUGAGAUGACUUUCAACUGGGAAUCCCUCAUUUUUACAGUUUGUGCAAGAUGUCUGUCAGAGAUGAAUAUAAGUGCCAUUCCAUUCGUCAUUUCAAAUGAGAAGUGAAGAAAAAUGAAUAGCUUUAAGAAUGUGCUACUGACUAUGAAUAAUGUCAAUUUAAGAGACUCAGUAUUUAAUACUUAAUUUGAAUAAUUCUGAGGAAUACAUUUUUAGUAUUGUAUGUCAUUGA